AUGUCCUCGUUAUCCUUCAACGCUUCCUACUUCCAAAACCACUUCCAAUCUCCCAAAAGAGUUAAAGUAUACUACUUGAUCGAUAACGACUGGCAAGAUCAAGGAACCGGCUAUUGUCUUGGUAGAAUUGAAAACAAAUUUGCUUACUUAAUAGUAAACUCGGAAAACAACGACGACUCAAUUCUACUAAAAUCAAAAAUUGAACCAAACACUCAAUACCAAAAACAACAAACUACUCUCAUAGUAUGGACUGACUCAUCGGGUCAGGACAUUGCUCUAAGUUUUCAAGAAUCAAUAGGCUGCUCUCUACUAUGCGACUUCCUACUAAGUGUCCAGCAAAUCUUGCAGCCUUCCAUCUCUCUAGUCUCUGUCACAACCACUGAAAAUGGCGAAAUCAACGAAGUCAUAUCAAAUCCAAUAGAAUUUCCUCCAAACCCUUCCCUAAAUCACAAAAAUCUACUAAACAUCUUAGACAUCCUAAUAAUAAACUCCUCCACAGCUUUAGGCAAACUAUCAAUGGCAAAAUUCAUCCACGAAAACAACUUUGUUUUAAAACUAAUUAAAAUCUUUCAAAAAUCUGAGAAAAACCAUCUUCUCAAAAACUUGCACAUUCUCUUCAACAUUAUCAAAACUUUAAUUCUAUACAAUGAAAACUCAAUUUUUGAUCACCUAUUCGACAACGAUAUAGAUUCCUCAAUCCAAUUUUCUGGCUCAAAUAACAACAACAACAACGAAUCUGUCAUAACUAAAUUCUACAAAAACUCAAUCCUAAUCAACAUAAUAGGCAUACUAGAAUACGAUCCUGAUUUCCCUCUCUUUAAAGCUAAAUACAGACAAUUCUUACUCUCAGAUUUAAGAUUCAAAGAAAUCCUUCCAAACUCAAAUUUCAACUCAAAUCUAAACUUCAUCAACUUCAAAAAAUUACUAAAAAAAACAUUCAUCUACCAAUACCUAAAAGACGUUGUGCUAGCAAGAUUUCUCGACGACGCAAUGUUUACCGUAAUCUCAACCAUCAUCUACUAUAACCAUUGCGACAUCAUCAAAUAUCUAGAAAAAUCAGACUUUUUUCUAAAAAACAUCUUCAACAUCUUCACCGUCAACAACUCCUCCCUCUACAACCUAGAAGAAAAGAGAAACACCCUCAAAAUGAUUUACCAAUUCAUAACAAUGUGCAAAAAUAUCCAGCAGCAAGAAUCUAAAUCCGUGUUCUAUAAAUCUCUCAUCAAAAAUGGCCUAUUCAAAAUGCUACAAUUCGCUCUAAAAGAUCUUCAAACUGACUCAAGAACUCUAGCAACUGAAAUCCUUUUGGCAAUAACUGACCAAGACGUCCUACUAAUAAACCACAUCUACAAAAAAAACAUCAACACCAACAACAGCAUCAUUACUAAUGAUAUUAACUUAAACUCCCAAAAUGCCAACAAUUCAAAGACGAUACCUGAAAUGAUACUAUCAGAUGACAUGUCUUUGCUACUACUUUUAACCGAAUUAGUAUUACAAGAAAAUAAUUCAGGAUUAAAAAUUCAAAUAUUCGAGGCAAUUAAAGGAUUAUUAAACAUUCCAACUCCAUCAUUUAAUGAUAUUUCCUUAAAUAACCAUAAUUUUAAUAUAGAUAACAACGAUCAAAAAGAAUUUGAUCCUAGUUCUGAUUUUCGUUCACCGCCAUCACCAGACUUUUAUAACAAAGAUUUUGAAAACAAUAGAAUCAAUUUUAGAAUGAACAACGUUUUGCCUCCAAUAUUAAAUUGCGAUUACUAUUUUGACGCCUUUUACAAAAUUGUCGCACCAAAAUUAUUUUUUCCAAUUAUUGCUUUAAAUAAGCAAUCACCACUGCAAACUUCAAAUGAAAUAGGCGGAACUCAGAAAAAAAGAACAAAAUACGAUAUCACUUUGUUCAAUAACCUUUGUGAUUUGAUAUCUUUUUGCUGCAAUGAACAUAGAUUAAGAGCAAGAGCCUUUUUU